UUCUCCCAAGGGCACACCACCAAGCGUUUUAAACUGAAACAUACUGUAUAGAAAAACACAUGGGCAAGUCUUUAAAUACCGCAGAGAAAAACGGAUUACUCCACACAGCAUAAACAUCUCUUCACGUCCAUGAGUAUUUUAAAGCAAACCUCCCGACGCGACUACUUCUCUUUCUCUUUACUCAGACACAAUGACCUGGCACUACGUCUGAGGAUGCACUUUAAAAACAAAUUGAGCAAUUUCAGUAUACACAACAAUUCUAAAGUGGCUACAGAUAUUAGACGCCUCGCUGCUGGUCAUGUUGGAGGACAGGUUUUUGCAGCGUACGUGUUGUGCACGGCUCAGGACAAAGAUGCUGUCAGACUGACCUUGGAACAGAUUGAUGUAAUUCGUCGUAUGUGUACUGAAAACCCAGAGAUGGAACUGGUCACCACAGCUGAAGGAAUGAGGAACAGUGCAAAAAUUGCAUGUCUAAUCAGUAUUGAGGGAGGCCACUCCAUCGACAGUAGUUUACCAGCACUACGCAUGUUCUACCAGCUUGGAGUAAGAUCCAUGGCCCUCACACAUAACUGCAACACCCCAUGGGCUGAGAGCUCAUCUAGUUUUUACCAAAAUUACCAGCGGAAGAAUAACAGCCUGACAGAUUUUGGAAAGGCAGUGGUGAAUGAGAUGAACAGGUUGGGAAUGUUGGUUGAUCUGUCCCAUAGCUCGUGGGAGACAGCCAGAGCUGUGCUGAAACAUUCUGCUGCUCCAGUUAUUUUCAGCCACUCCUCAGCCUAUGCUAUCUGCAACAAUGUUCGUAACGUACCUGACGACCUGCUGCUGCUGCUGAAAGAAAAUGGUGGGCUUAUCAUGGUGAACUUCUACAGCAGUUUUGUAGCAUGUUCAUAUAACGCAAAUGUGUCUAUUGUGGCUGAUCAUUUUGAUCAUAUAAAGCGGGUGAUUGGAGCUAAAAGCAUUGGGAUUGGAGCAGACUAUGAUGGGGCACAAGGAUUCCCUAAAGGCCUGGAGGACGUCUCCAAAUAUCCAGCACUAAUUGAGGAGCUGAUAUCAAGGAACUGGACUGAGGAAGAGCUGGCAGGAGUGCUAAGACUGAACUUCCUCAGAGCGUUCCGAAAGGUUGAGAAGGUACGUGAUGAUUUUCUGCACAUUUCACCCAGUGAAGUUGAAAUCUCCCUUUCGGAAGUAAACAACAGCUGUCGUGUGAUGCUGAUCCAUCCAGUCUUGCCCAAAAGUAGCCAUCGAAAUGGAAACGCUCCAUUGAUGCCUGUGAAAGCUUUAAUCUACUUCAUCUUACUUUGGAUCCAGUCACAGUAAUCUAACAAACAAUUAAUCAA